UCUCCAGGCCGAGUCAAUAUUUGGAAUUCCUGCCGGGCCGGGGCCCUCCCGGUCCUUCCUCCCGGCCGGACUGACCGGUCAUCGGGCCUCCAAGCCAGGCCCUUGGGACCUCCGCCGGCCGCCAUGGGGACGCCCAAUGACCGGGCCGUCUUGCGGGCCAUCUUCAGCCCGGACACCCCGUUCGGAGACGUACCCGACCUGGACCUGGGGCCGGAGGAGGUCCGGGGGGACGAGGAGGAUGAAGACGCCGCUUUCCCCCGGGAGCUGCUGGACCAAACGAAGGAGCUGGAGAUGCAGGGGGUGAGGGCGGCCGAGGCCGGAGACGUGAGCACGGCGCUGGACCGUUUCGGCCAGGCCAUCGCCCUCCUGCCCCAGCGGGCCUCGGCCUACAACAACCGCGCCCAGGCCCGGAGACUCCGGGCAGACGUCACCGGGGCCCUGCAGGACCUGGACCGCGCCAUCACGCUGAGCCGGGGCCGGGGCCGGGCCGCCUGCCAGGGCUACGUGCAGCGGGGGCUCCUGGCCCGGCUGGACGGCCGCGAGGACGACGCCCGCCAGGACUUCGAGCGCGCGGCCCGGCUGGGCAGCCCCUUCGCCCGCCGCCAGCUGGUCCUGCUCAAUCCCUACGCCGCCCUCUGCAACCGCAUGCUGGCCGACAUGAUGGGGCACCUGCGGGGCCGGGCCGGCCAGGGCCGCUGAGCCCCCCCCGAGGGCCGGGGAGGGGGGUCUGGGCCUCCUUCGUCCCCUCCCAAUAAAGAUGCUCUGCCCCAUC